AUGACCAACUCGACGCCAACCGAAUAUGUGAAGCUGAUUGUGUCGUGUCUGGAUUACACAAGCGACGGGAUGACUCGAAUAAUUCUUCGCGGCGCGCUCACCGCGACCAACGAGGAAUCCCGCAAAUGGACGACACGAUUCCUGUCCGUGUUGGCGUCGCUCGAUUUGACGCGCUUCGCCGAUUGGGGAAUUCGAAUGAUGCUCGGCCAACUCGGCGACGAGUCGCCGAAAGUCGUACGCCACGCGGUGCGCCUUCUGAAUCGUUGGCUUCCCGAAUUCCCGUCGCCGAGUGUGCACACGCGAAUUCAAUGGUCGGCGUUCGGCGACGCCGGCCAUUUCCUACGCGUGCACUCGUUCGCGUUCGAAACCGAAUGCGUCGACAACGAGGCGGAGGUCGUCGAUGUGAUUCGUUUCUGGAUGCGUACGUUCAAUCAGACGUAUCUCGAAUCGAUCGAGGACGACUUUCGCGAGAUGAUGUUCGCCGUGAAGCGUUCGCUCGACGGCGUGUUCCCGCGCGCGAGCACCGACAAACCGGAAUCGGUGUACGGCGUGCCGGCGCCGUUGCACCUGUUUGGCGUGUUGUGCACCCAUCGCACCGGGCGAACGUUGCUCGCGCGCGAGAACGUGUGCGCGGUUUUGAUGGCGAAGCUCACAAUGAAAAUUGAGAGGCACUCGAUGAGCGAUCAGUAUGACACGAUAAAGAGCAGCCUUCUGGCAUUGGCGAGCAUUGGAAGCCAUGAUGAAGGUUAUGAAAUUUUGCCGAACGAUACGAUUCCAAAAAUGAUUAAGAUCACUGAAGAGCAUAGUGUUCUCAGUGUUCGUGGCGUCGCAUUUUUUGCCUGCUGCAUUGUAUCGCAGUGUGUCGAAGGAGCUAAACGAUUGGCGGCGCUCGGUUGGGAGUGUAAUCGCUAUCGGUAUGCGACGGAUUUGGCGAAAACGCAAGCGGCGAAUGAUGACGACUCGAGAUCAUGGAAGAAUUCGACGAUUGUCGUCCGCCGAUUCACUCAUCAUCGCAACUCGUCGAUCAUCGAGAUUCAGAAUCGGCGAAAAUCCGAAGUGCAGCGUCGGAGCGUUGUGACGAGGACGCGAUCGGCGUCGGUGACCGAACGAAACGCGGACGAGCCUGGCGUGACAGCACGACGCGGAUGGAGCAGCGAUCUGACGUUGAGUCGAAGUGUCGACGAUGAGUCGUCGGCGUCGAGGAAGUGGACGAUGGCGCCGGACGAGAUGGGAUCAACGAGUGAGAUUGGCGAUGAGCAUGUGAUAUCGCCGGCGAGAAUUCCGAGUCUCAGCGUGUCGAUGUCGGUGGAGCGAAAACGCGCCAACACGAUCACGUCGAUGUGCGGCGACGACGACGGUUCGCUGCGAACGCGUUCGUCGACGGUGGCGCGAUGCGUUCGCGAGGGAAUGUCGAUUCCGAAAGAGCAGUUGGAGCUCGAAGGGACGAUCGCCGACACGAUAAUGGAUUGGCAUUUUUCGAGUAAGGCUCGCGAGCGGCACCAUCUGAUGCCGUUUCGCGUUCGGACGUUCUUGAUCAUCAAUCGCAAUAUUGGCGAUCCGGUUCGCUACAUAUUCAUGACGAAAGACGAGGAGCGACAUUUUGCCGAUUAUCGACGGAAGGUGAUGAAGGAUGAUUGGCUGUACAACGAGCUGAUGAAGGAGGACAACGCGGUGAAGAAGACGGUGAACGUGAUUCCGCUUCAGACGGUCACACUGCCCGCUGAGAUUGAGGUCAUGUGUAACAAUAUUUUCAUAAGCAAACCGAAGACGGAAAAUAUUUUUGGCGUCGAGAACUCGACGGACGACUUGUCGGAAACGGAUCGAGGCGCGAAGAGUGGGCACGCGAGAAGCGAUUUCAACAUUCAACAACCGCACUCGACCUAUCGAUGUUUUCAUUGUAGCGGAAAGGAGGAGCAUUCGCGCAACUAUCCGCAUCCGGACGCGGCAGCGCUCCGCAAAGAGGUCCUCAAUCAGGUCGACAUGUUGGAGAUCAAAGAAUAUCCGGCGAAGCGUCUCAUCGGCCUCCGCCAACACCAUCAAUGGCUUUUCGAAUGGCCGUGCAUGUACGCCGACGUUCUCGAGCUUCUCGAUGAGUAUCGAUUCAAGCCGCACUCGAGAUCGUUCCUUCAGCAAAUUUUCUACGACGCGCUCAAAUUUUAA